UUCCAUCCCCCGAGCCGCAAAGUCGCGUCCUCCUCCUCAAGCCUCGCGCGCCUUUCAUCCUCUGCCACUAAUCAAGAACAAUGGCGCCGAAGAAGGAUAAAGCCCCGCCUCCGUCGUCGAAGCCAGCGAAAUCUGGCGGCGGCAAGCAGAAGAAGAAGAAGUGGAGCAAGGGAAAGCAGAAGGAAAAGGUGAACAAUGCAGUCCUCUUUGACCAGGCGACCUAUGAUAAGAUGCUCUCCGAAGUUCCCAAAUACAAGCAGAUCACCCCUUCCGUGCUAUCUGAGAGAUUGAGGAUUAAUGGUUCACUCGCACGGAGGGCGAUAAAGGAUCUGAUGACAAGGGGAGCUAUCAGGAUUGUAUCUGCUCACGCAAGCCAACAAAUCUACACUAGAGCCACCAACACUUGAGAAUUAUGUCUUCUCAUUUUACUAGAACUCUUUUCAUUGUGCCAUCAGAUAUUUUAUAAGUCUUUUUACAUUCUGUUGAUCCCUUAACAAUGAUGCUAAUGUUUCAGGAUGAAAACUUAUGUUAUUCAUAGUUAAAUUCUGGUGUCGUUCCUUCA